UUAGGCAAUUCAUUGGUAAUAGCGGUUCUGGCGUUUAAUAGAGAAACUCAAACAGAGACUAACUUUUUCCUCCUAAACCUUGCGAUCGCCGACUUAUGUGUCGCCAUAUUCUGUGUCUAUCAAAACCUAUCGAUCUAUUUGUUUACCGACUGGUCGUUCGGUGAUAUCCUGUGCCGUAUGUAUCACUUCAUACACGCCCUGAGCUAUACGGCAUCGGUGUAUAUAUUGGUUGUCAUAUCGAUUGAGCGCUACUUAGCUCUGGUCUAUCCAUUGAUGAGCCGACGGCUCCUAACAAUGAGAAAACUGAAGACAACAAUAAUCAUUGUCUGGUUAUUGUCAGCCAUCUGUUGUUUUCCCCGUUUUAUUAUCUUUGGUACCAUUAAUAUACAAUUAUCUCCAAUCGAGAGCAAAACAUUGUGUGUAUUAAAGCAGACGGCAUACGACGCCAAAACCUACGACACCGUAUACAUCAUACUGUGUUUUGCUAUACCACUGGCCAUCAUAACGGCUACCUAUGCCCGGGUGUGCUAUCACUUGUGGACCAGUUCGCUGCCCGGCUAUAAACUACAGGCAAAUCGUUUGGUGACAAUAGCUGUCAGAAGGGAUGGCCAAACAUCAUCGUUAUUGACGUCCUGUUGUAUGAAAAGAGGAAUAGUAUUGCCAAAUAUAGUCGACAGACAUAACGACCACUACCACCAGCGACACACACCUAUYAAAUGGGCUAACGAACCGGCCGUCAAUUUUCUAAUGGAGCGCCGCAAAAAAGUUAUCAAACUUUUGAUAACAGUUGUGUUGGCUUUUACACUGUUGACCGGUCCGUUUCAUAUCAGAAAACUCGUACAACACUACCUGUGCUCGUAUGACGUGUCCUCCAAAAUGGCUACAUUUUUGACUAUAUCGACCACUUUGAUGCUAUACUCUAACUCAGGCGUAAAUCCAUUGAUUUAUUUGAUAUUUUCAAAAAAACUCAGACGACUGAUGUUGGAUAUUGUUUGGCGUAUUGUUAAAUUAGUGGGCCUAAAGUUGACACCCGUCACCACUACUACCACCACCACCACCAAUGUUGCUCAUGAUUUUGAAUUAGGUGAAGAAGUACAUCCUAAAGAUAACUAUUCCGGUCCACAAGUUAUUUCCAUACAAACCGAUUUCAGUGCACAGGAGAUGUCGGAUAAUAUGUAA